AUGAUAGAAUGUGGAUAUUCUGAUUUUGGAUAUAUUAUGAUUAUGGAUCUUCAAGGAAUUAAUUUAAAAAUAUUUAAAGAAUUACUUCCAGACCAUCAAUUUUCACAAGAAACAUCAUUAAGAUUAUUAUUAAGAAUGAUUAAAAUUUUACAAUUUAUUCAUAAAGAAGGAAUAGUUCAUUGUGACAUUAAACCAUCUAAUUUUGUAGUUAAAGGAAAAGAAGAUAUUGUUUUAAUUGAUUUUGGUAUUGCUGAAUAUUAUCUAGACCAAUUUGGAAAUAAAAAAAAUAGAAAAGAACAUAGAGGAUUUAGAGGAACUUUACAAUAUGCUUCUGUUAAUGCUCAUUUAAAAAAACCAGUGUCUAGAACUGAUGAUUUAGUAUCUGCUUUUUUUAUUUAUUUUGAAAAUAUUCUUGGAAGUUUACCAUGGAAUAGUUUAAAUGAUUCUCCUCAACAAAUCUGUGAAAAAAAAAUUCAAUUUAAAGAAAGUGGAAUUUAUAAAUAUACUCAAAUUCAAAUGCCUGUUAUUAAUUCUUUUCAAACUAUUAUUGAAAAUGUAGAUGCUACAGAACCUUCUUAUAAUUUUAUUAUGAAUAAACUAUCAUCUCUUUUCAUUGAACAUCAUAUCCCUUUAAUCCCAAUCUUCAAUGAAAAAGAAUUGUCUGUCCUUCCAGAAGAAGAAGACUAUGGUCAAUAUAGAACUGUACCAUCUACUCCAAAGAAUUGUAAGUUAAAGAAAACUAAACAAAUAGAUGAAGCUCAAAGUGUUGAAAGCCAAAAUGCUCCAAGUUAUUUAGAUGAUUUAUUCAAAACAAUGAAAGAACAACUUCCAUCUUUUCAUCCAUUACCAAAAAUAUCUUCUUUUGUUUCAAAAUUAAAGUCAAAUGAUUUUAAUUUACCAUUUGGGUUGUAA